GGCGCACUCGCCCAAGGCGGCCAGGGCUCGCCUCAAGGGCGGUGUCCCUCCUGGGGGCGGGGCCGGGGCCGCGGGGGCGGGGCCGGGAGUCCGCUGCGCGGGCGGGGUCUUUUGGGCCUGCCCAUGGGGAAGGGCCCGGGUGCCGCGAGUGUGUCUGGGGGAGAGGGCCGGUGUCGUAACUCAGAAGCCCACAGGGCGCCCAACGUGGGAGCCGGACGAGUAGCGUGAGCCGCGUUUCCAGACCCGGACGUGAGAAGGGGUGUCACAUCCGGCAGGCGGGGGCGGGCCUCACGGCCCCCGGAAGUGUCAGCGUGGGCUGUGGUUUAACCCGCGGCGGCUGUGGCGGCGGCAGCGGUGGCGGCCCCGGCAGGUCUUUGCUUUUCCUCUGUCAGAUGAGGUCACGCCCACCUGAGUUCCCGUCAUUGCUGGAGGAGGGGAAAGUCAGACUGUAGACAACUUCAUGAAAAUGACAACUCCAUUAAAAAUUAGAUUGGGAGCCCUGGAGAUGCUCAAGCUCUGAAUCUGGAGCAAGACGUAGGACUUGGGCUUUCUGUCAGGACUCCAGGCAAAGAUGGAGACGCUGAAAGACAAGACCCUGGAAGAGCUGGAGGAGAUGCAGAAUGACCCGGAGGCCAUUGACCGGCUGGCCCAGGAGUCCCCUGAGGUCCAGGACCUGCAGCUGGAACGGGAGAUGGCACUGGCCACUAACCGGAGCCUGGCUGAGCAGAACCUGGAGUUCCAAGGUCCCCUGGAGAUCAGCCGCUCAAACCUUUCAGACAAAUACCAGGAGCUCCGGAAACUUGUGGAACGGUGCCAGGAGCAGAAGGCAAAACUGGAGAAAUUUUCUUCAGCACUGCAGCCAGGGACCUUGUUAGACCUUCUGCAAAUUGAAGGCAUGAAGAUUGAAGAAGAGUCUGAGACCAUGGCUGAGAAGUUCCUGGAGGGUGAGGUGCCCUUGGAAACAUUUCUGGAGAACUUUUCCGCCAUGAGGAUGCUGUCCCACCUGCGCCGGGUUCGUGUGGAGAAGCUCCAGGAGGUGGUGAGGAAGCCGAGCGCUUCCCAGGAGCCAGCGGGCGAUGCCCCUCCUCUCUGCCCGGUCCUCCCUCCCCGCCCGGUGCCCCAGGCCACGCCCCCUGUGGCUGAAGAGCAGCCUGGCCCCCCACCGCAGCCCUCAGCAGUGCCCCCCUACCCGUUGCCCUACAGCCCGUCUCCCGGCAUGCCUGUGGGCCCCAGCGCCCACGGUGAGCUCCAGCCGGCGCCGUUCCCGGUGGUGUCCCAGCCCUCCUUUCCUUACAGUGGGCCUGUGGGCUCCCCUUACCCGUCAGCCCAGCCAGGACCCAGGGCGGCUGCGGGCUACUCCUGGUCCCCACACAGGAGCACGCCACCCCAGCCUGGCUAUCCCGUGGCCCCCACUGGUGCCCCUGGUCCUGGGUACCCCUUGGCGGGGGCCCGGACACCCCGUUCUGGUUAUCCUCAGCAGCCGCCCUACCUCUCCACAGGAAGAAAACCUCCCUACCCAACACAGCCCCAACUCCCGGGCUUCCCCGGCCAGCCUCAGUCCUCAGGCCCCCCGCAGCCUCCCUACCCCACUGGGCCUGCCCCUCCCUAUGGGUUUCCACCACCUCAGGGGCCCGCCUGGCCUGGGUAUUAGACACCGUCUGGCCCUCGGCCCUUCCCUGCUUCCACCUGUACCACAACCUUUGGCCCACCUACUGCUGAGAUUCGAGGUGAAAUUGGAAGUGGAGUUAGCACUCCCCAUGGACUUGGGGGGACCUAGCAGGGAGCCUGCAGGCCCCCGCCAGGCACUGGGCAGUGUGACCGGCUUGGUGGCACCAGCAGCAGUCAGUCACAGGUCUUCCCCUCCCAGGGAAGGGGUGCCUCCUUUCAGUGGCUGGCUUUCACCUGCCUGGUGCUUCC